CUGAUUAUGACGCAACGCAGUGGACGCUGCCCGCGUUCCGUCGGCCAUUUCCUAACUCGUCGUGAGCUCAUCUUCAGACCUGUCCCGUGUCCCCCUGGAGGACAGGAGAGGUGCGAGACAGAAGGCGAGCAGGCUGUUUGGUUUGGUUUCCCUCUUUCAGUGACGUCGGCGCGUCGUUCCGCGGCGGCCAGCAGGUCGGUGGGACCCGGAAGCGGCCCCGGGUGCCCCGGAUGCAGGUUGCGCGGUCGUUCGUCAGAAGAAUGUCCUCCGCUCUCCCCCGUCAUGUGGUCUGGCAGUCGGAGGGCCUGGUGGCGUACCUCCACCCGCGGCCCUGGACCCCCGGCGUCGUGGUCCUGGAGGGUGGGGCGCCCGGCGGCCUGGGGGUGGGUGUCUUCCAGCUGGAGGAGCCGGUCUUCCUGUCCUGGCUGCUGGGGGCGCGGGCGGUGGCCGGGCUGCUGUGCGAGCGUCUGGGCGUCCACAGGUGUGCGCUGGUGAGCCGACCCCACCGGGACCGGCCGGCCCAGAUCCUGGUCCUGCCUCUCCAUGGUCUAGAUGCAGGGUGGGCGCCCCCACCUGUCGGAAGGCGGGGAACACAAGCGACAAACGACCCGGGCUACUGCACCUCCAAGAACGCUCCUCGUUGGAGCGACGCUAGCCUGACCCGAACUCAGACCAAGAUCCGCCUCUCCGAGGCCCUGGGCCGACCUCACCUUGCUUGGGGGUUGACCUAGCUCAUCAGGUCUUCUUCUCGCGCAUUGUCCGUGGGGAGGAGCCUCACUGGCGUGUGUGGGAGGACGAGGGUCACGUGGCCUUCCUCACGCCGUUCCCCAACGCCACCGGCUUCACCGUGCUGGUCCCGCGCCGGCCUCUGACCUCGGACAUAUUCAGACUGGACCAGGAGGACUACGCGGGACUGGUGCUGGCCAGCCGGACGGCGGCCAGGGUUCUGCAGGAGGCGCUGGGCGCCUGGGGGGUGGGGCUUAUUUUUGAGGGCUUUGAGAUCGACUACGCUCACGCCAAGUUGAUACCGCUGCCUCAGGAGAAGGCGGCGCCUUUACAGGACGGAGCUGGUGAAGCUCCGCCUCCAAGGUUUCACCACACCUACCCGGGUUACGUGACCUCUGCAGACGGGCCGGAGGCCGACCCCGACAGUCUGGAGAAGCUGCACUUUCAAAUCACUCGGCCCUGAAGCUCCUGGUCCACCAGCCACGUGUGUCAUAACAGGGACCCUUUCACAAUAAGAGCGAUGAUCUCCUCUUCUGAUAUGACGCUGCCAAGUCUGUAGUUUGGCUGUCUCGAAAGCUGCUUGGUUCUUGUGGUUCUGGUUCUGUACCCUCUUUAUUGAUUUAUUGCACUUAUUGUACAUCACUUUGGAUAACAGCGUCAGCUUAAUGAAUAAUGUAAAUGAGGCUGAAAUUUUAAUUUUAGAACGAUUGAAGUCUUCUUGUAUUGAUCAUGUUUUCAAAUAAAUAUACAAUUUUAUACUUUU